AUGGUUAUUUGUACUUCCGGUCAGUACGUAUACUGUAUCUGUAGUGAAAUUAUUGCCAAUAGCGAAAUUAUUUCAGAUGAUGAUACGGAUACUUUGUCUGAUCAUUAUUUGGAAUAUGACGAGCAAGAGGAAAUGGAAAUGGACCAUUUCAAUUUAAGCGAAGUGUGGAUACAGAAAAUAAGACAAAUUGAGGAUAAUCCUCUAUCAAGUGUACGUGAAUAUGUGGAUGUAGAUCUACCAGAGGAAGAUGAAGAUUCCUUUGGAGAUACUUUUCUUUUCGCGGAAAAGUAUACUCCUAAACAAACUGAGAAACUCUUCGAUAUAAUCAUCAAAGAAGACUUCGCGGCAAAAGCUGCUCAAAAUUAUGUUAAAACUUACAACAAUGACCCUGGAAGACGACUUCCUGGAUCUUAUUCCAAACCUCAUGGAAGACCAUGCUCUAAGUUAACUGGAGAGCAUUCCAGGCUCCUUAUUGAUGAAGCUGAUUUCAGUUUACAAAUUCAAAGAAGCCAUGAUCGUUCAUACAACGGCAAGCCCGCAAAAAGCAUUGUGCCAACCGGAAAGGGUACUUACAAUUUUAGGUGCCAUUUCUCAAGCUGGUAUCAUAAACGUUGA